AAUUGUUAAAAGGCCUUUCAUUUCGUUUUCUCAGUUUGAGACUUAUCAAUUACUUACAGUUGUGAGAAAAAUAUAUAGAAAGAAAAUAUUGAGUAUCCAAAAGACUAAAGAAGCUUCUCUGCUUUGCUAGCUUCUCUGCUUUGCUUCAUCAUUAAUAAUCAUAAACUGAACGUUGAUAUAUCUUGUUUUUUUCAGAAAACAAUUAAAAGUUGAAGAGACUUGUUUGAUGUUUGUUUGAGUAGUGUUGAAGUAUGUCAGUGUAGCAUGAUUACAUAGGAUUAUCAGCAGAGUCAGAGGUUCCGAAUUCAAUGGAAAACUCAGGAUUAAACCUGAAAGCAACGGAGUUGAGACUGGGGUUACCGGGGUCAGAGUCACCUGAAAGAGAGAGUAGUGAGAACAACACUGUGGUUGUUUCAGUGAAGAGCUUUGUUGGUUCAGGAGCUAAAAGGGGUUUCUCUGAUGCCAUUGAUGCCAAGUGGGUUUUCUCUGGAUCUGACCCUGCCUUGUAUUCUCCAAGAACUGCUGCCAGUAAUGGUUCCAAGCUUCUCACCGCUCCCAAUUCGCCUUUGGCUACUCCGGUCGUGAAAGAGGCUGCUGCUCAGUCACCAAAGCCGGUAGUGCUGCAGGACAAGAAGCGUCAUGGGAUUGCUUCUUCUUCAAAGGCACAAGUUGUGGGAUGGCCACCAAUUCGCUCUUUCAGGAAGAACACAAUGUCUUCCCAUUCUUCAAAAAAUGAAGAAGAUUCUGAAGCCAAGCUUGGAUUGGGAUGCUUGUAUGUUAAAGUCAGUAUGGACGGUGCUCCCUACCUGCGGAAAGUUGACCUCAAAAUCUAUGGCAGCUAUAUGGAACUGUCGUCAGCUCUAGAGAAGAUGUUCAGCUGCUUUACAAUCGGUCAGUGUGGCUCUCAUAAUAUUCCCAGCCGAGAUGGAUUGAGUGAGAGUAGAUUAAUGGAUCUUCUCCACGGUUCUGAAUAUGUGCUCACCUAUGAAGAUAAGGAUGGUGACUGGAUGUUAGUUGGUGAUGUUCCCUGGGAAAUGUUCACCAACUCUUGCAAGAGGCUUAGGAUAAUGAAGAGUUCAGAAGCUAUUGGUUUAGCUCCAAGGGCAAUGGAGAAGUGCAAAAACCGUAACUAGUUUGGUGCUGUUGCUGUUGCUACAGAUUGAUCUCAUAAUGUCCAUGGAAAAAAGACGACCGCAGUUGCUACCAUCUGACUGUUGAAAGUGCUUAAUGGGUCUCAACAACUGAGUCCUCUAUUUGCUUUUAUGUUUGCUCCUAAAAUUGAAGACUUGGUGUACUAAUGAAAUAAUUAUACAACCGUAGCCAAGAAAUAAUGUUGUUGGAGGAUUUA